CUGGUAGUCAUUUUGAGAUUCUCGUCAUCUAACAAUAAAAAGAUAUAAAAUUUGAAAAAAAUUUAAAAUUUAAAUCAUUUAAUUAACGAGUUUCAAAAGUUAAACAUGUCAAAGAACAAUAACACAAUCUGCCGUUGCUGCUUAAAGGUUUUGCUAGGAACUGAAAGUCGAAUUCAAACGACAAACAAGACACGAGAAAUUUUUUCAAAUUUUAUUGGAUCUUCUUUGCUGCCUGGCAUCAUCUGUGGAAAAUGCAACAUCAACUUACUGACAUUCGAUGCAUUCCAAAAGGAAAUCAAAAGAAAGCAUGAAGAAUUGACAACUGUGAAAAUUAAGGAGGAGCCAGGUCAAAUGAUGGUCGAUAAUGAAAACGAAGAACUGAUUGAAGGAAUUUUAUUUGAAGAAGAUGAAGCGGAUGAGGAUCAAAAUGUCGUGUCUGUAGCUGAUCUAGUACAGACAUCAUUGGAAUCGCCAGAACAUUAUCAAUCCCCAGAACAUCAUACUGGAAGUUCUGAUGAUGAUGAUGAAAAUGAUGUCAUUUGCAUUCCACAAGUACCCCAAGUACCAAUAGACUGUGAUGCGAUUUCUGAUGAACCAAAAGAAGCUAAACCAGAUGAACCGAAAGAAAUCAUUUUUAAAUGUGACCAUUGCACUGCUGUAAGUGCCAAAAAAGAAGUCAUUAUUCAGCAUAUCAAACAGUCGCAUUCAUUCAAAUGUGUAGCAUGUGGUAAAGUUUAUCCAAAGAAGGAACGACUUGAUUCACAUAUUAUGAGAGUUCAUAAUGCAGCUGGUGGUAGUAAAAGGAAGCAGUCAUUAAAACCUAUGGUGACAGAAGAUCAACUGAGAUUUAGAUUAAAAUCAAAGCCUUAUGGACGACCAUGGCCAAGUACAUUAGCUAAGAGGAAGGAAGAGUAUGGAUAUUAAGGAGGAUUGCAUUCUAAUUAAGCAGAUGACACUGCAUUAAAUUCUACAUUUUCUAAUAUUUAGGCUCAUUGUAAAUAUACUUGACAAACCCUUCUGUGGACAUAUUUUAAGAAUCAAAUAAAAAUUAAUUAAAUUUUAAAAUUUUCU